AUGAGUUAUGGUUGGCUCACAGAAAGUUCCUUAAUCCCAGAACCCGCAGUUCCCAUCAAUGUGGAUAACUCAUCUGUAAUUACAUAAUUUAUCCAAGCAUAGAUAGUUGCAAUGAAGAUUGCUUUGAUGAAGGAUAAAUAAAAUGAAUAAGGGGCACUCUCCAAGGCAAAGGUAGUUAAAAAAUAGGAGAAAAGAAUCAACAAAGGAAUUGAAGAACGAAUUAAGAGAGAUAUGAAAGACACUGCAGCUGAAACUGAUUAAAAUCGUUUAGAAAAACUUAAUGCAAUUUUAACUAAGAAGGCUGAAAUUUAUGAGAGAUAAAAACAAACAGGCAUUGUCACUAAAAAUUCAUUGAUUGACUUUAAUUUAAAAUAGAUAAAUGACAUGAGUGAAAAAGAUUAAGAACAGUAUGAAAUGGAAAGACAGGACUUCAUUAAGAAAAAGAAGGAGGAAAUUCAUUAAGCAUAGAGAAGUCUUAUAAAUCAAAGACCUGAAAUUGCAAACCCCUAACUUGGAUUUCAGUAAAAUUAAUAAGAACUUGAAAGAAUUUAAUGGGAACAGCAAAUGAUGAAAGAAAUAGAAGGCAACAUUAAAGAUUCUAAUUAAAUUCUGUUCGAAAAAGGACCAAUUGAACAAUCUUACGAUAAAAAACUAUCAUAGGCAGAAAAGGAAAAACUCCCAAAUGUUUUAAGUGAGGAAUAAGAAGCGAAAGAGAAGAUAUCAGAAAUAGCAAGAAAAAGAAAAGAAUUUCAAGAAAUUAGAAUGGAGAAACUAAAAAAGUUAAUUAAAAAGUGA